AUGGACUUGGCAGGUUAUGAUCUGCAGAACCACCAGCUGGCUCGCCAGCUGCACUUGAUGUCGCACCUGUACGAGGUGUUUCUCACCAACGCGAUGUGCUAUCCUCUCUUCUACGAAUCCCUUCACCCAAGCGCCAAGCAACAGGCACGCACUGUCCUCCUCGCCUUAAAUCGCGUGUUUGAAAAGGGCGAGCGAGGCGGCAGUACCUUCUUCACACGAAGUCCUUACCGCCUGUACACCAUGCGGUGCGUUCUUUCGUAUCUCGUGUACCCAGACUGCAUCCUGCCAUGGCCCCGCUGCGUGUCUCGCCUUAUCGGAUCAUCGACAACCGCAACAGCACCACAGCUGGAGGAGACGCAGAGUACACCACCGCCCCUCCCUGCAACGGCUUCAUCCAGCUUGGACGCCACGCCGCUGCGCUCAGAUUCCACGGUGGAAACGGUGGCGCCGGCGCAGACCCACGGAGGCUCCACGGAUCCCUCGUCCACCGCUGCUCAAUCACCUCCGGCGCCGUCGCUGCCACCUCCUCUUAGCCCAGCAGCGCUGAAGCCGGCCAGCAGCGUUGUGGCGGCACCAGCGGCCGUGGCUGAUAUUGCGCUGCGCCCCCUCUUCUAUAUCCGUCCUGUGGCGGCACAGGGGACGGAUCGCAGCGCUCCCUACUUCGGCACCACCACGCAAAUUUACGUCCGCAUGGUCCACCCCCACCUGCUGAAUGAGGAGUCGCUGAAUCCCUUCUUUGGCCGCUAUGGCCAGGUGGACUGCACGGCAAUCCAACGGACAUCGCUGCUGCACUACGCGGCCCAGCUCGGCGAGGCCGCCACGGAGGCUCUGCACCAGCUCUUCGCCGCUUCUAACACCUCCGACUCCUCGGCCCUGUACGUGCAAGACUUCAUCAUUUCAGUCGACUCUCACCAGAACGCCGUGCACGCGGUGCGUCGUGCCUACUACAAAGAGCUCGUCUGCAUCGCCCUGCACGAUGCCACCGGCGUACAUAACACGCACUGCCUGGCAGAUGUGAAUGGGUGGAUGCGGCGGCACGCCUUCGUGUGGCGGCUGCGCGGUGAGGUGGGAGUGAGCGCCGCGGAGAAGGAAGCGGCGGAGAACGCCGCCGUGGCCGCCGCCGUGGCGAAGCGACGCAAACGUGCUCGAGCGAAGCACCGCCGGCGCGAGCAGAAGCGCCGACGGCGUGCGGUGCUCGGCAAGGGUGGUUCAUCUUCCCAUUCUUCGGCUUCCACGUCUGCAUCUGAGAGCGACGCGGACAAGGAUGGCGAAAGUAGCGGUAGCGAGAGCGGCUCCUCCUCAACGACGGACUCCAGCAGCAGUAGCAGUAGCGGCGUCGAGGAUGAUUUGGCGCAGUUUGUGCCGGAUGUGGUGUUGGACGGCUUCCCCUACUGGACGACGGAGGAUCAGCUGAAAGUGCUGCUGCAGGAGUACGGCACCGUCGUCGAGCUCCGCCUGUCACUUGACGACUUGUCCGGUGCCUUCACAGGUUGUGUGCUGGUGCGGAUGUCAACGUUGGACGAGGCGAUUCACGUCUCUCGCGCGUUGCACGACACGCUGCAUCGCGGCCAUCGAUUGAUCAGUGGCGUUAUCAAUGAGAAGCUGGAGGUGGUGGCCUUGGAGGACGGCGAGGAUGUGCGCAUCCCAGCCAUUCCGGAGCAGGUGCCUUACGAUGUUUCAUUGAACGAGCGGGUCUGGGUGUAA